AUGUCCUGUGUGUUCAUGUACAGUGUGUUCAUGUCCUGUGUGUUCAUGUACAGUGUGUUCAUGUCCUGUGUGUUCAUGUCCAGAGUGUUCAUCUACAGUGUGUUCAUGUACAGUGUGUUCAUGUCCAGUGUGUUCAUGUCCUGUAUGUUCAUCUACAGUGUGUUCAUGUACAGUGUGUUCAUGUCCUGUAUGUUCAUGUACAGUGUGUUCAUGUACAGUGUGUUCAUGUCCAGUGUGUUCAUGUACAGUGUGUUCAUGUCCUGUGUGUUCAUGUCCUGUGUGUUCAUGUCCUGUGUGUUCAUGUACAGUGUGUUUAUGUACAGUGUGUUCAUGUCCAGUGUGUUCAUGUCCAGUGUGUUCAUGUACAGUGUGUUCAUGUCCAGUGUGUUCAUGUCCUGUGUGUUCAUGUACAGUGUGUUCAUGUACAGUGUGUUCAUGUCCUGUGUGUUCAUCUACAGUGUGUUCAUGUCCUGUGUGUUCAUGUACAGUGUGUUCAUGUCCUGUGUGUUCAUGUACAGUGUGUUCAUGUACAGUGUGUCCAUGUGCAGUGUGUUCAUGUACAGUGUGUUCAUGUCCAGCGUGUUCAUGUCCAGUGUGUUCAUGCCCAGUGUGUUCAUCUACAGUGUGUUCAUGUCCUGUGUGUUCAUGUACAGUGUGUUCAUGUCCAGUGUGUUCAUCUACAGUGUGUUCAUGUCCUGUGUGUUCAUGUACAGUGUAUUCAUGUACAGUGUGUCCAUGUACAGUGUGUCCAUGUACAGUGUGUCCAUGUGCAGUGUGUUCAUGUACAGUGUGUUCAUGUCCAGCGUGUUCAUGUCCAGUGUGUUCAUGCCCAGAGUGUUCAUCUACAGUGUGUUCAUGUCCAGUGUGUUCAUGUACAGAGUGUUCAUGUACAGUGUGUUCAUGUCCUGUGUGUUCAUGUCCUGUGUGUUCAUGUCCAGAGUGUCCAUGUACAGUGUGUUCAUGUCCUGUGUGUUCAUGUCCAGUGUGUUCAUGUCCAGUGUGUUCAUGUCCAGUGUGUUCAUGUACAGUGUGUUCAUGUACAGUGUGUUCAUGUCCAGUGUGUUCAUGUACAGUGUGUUCAUGUCCUGUGUGUUCAUGUGCAGUGUGUUCAUGUACAGUGUGUUCAUGUCCAGUGUGUUCAUGUACAGUGUGUUCAUGUCCAGAGUGUUCAUCUACAGUGUGUUCAUCUACAGUGUGUUCAUGUACAGUGUGUUCAUGUACAGUGUGUUCAUGUACAGUGUGUUCAUGUCCUGUGUGUUCAUGUCCAGUGUGUUCAUGUCCAGAGUGUUCAUCUACAGUGUGUUCAUCUACAGUGUGUUCAUCUACAGUGUGUUCAUCUACAGUGUGUUCAUGUACAGUGUGUUCAUGUCCAGAGUGUUCAUGUCCAGUGUGUUCAUCUACAGUGUGUUCAUCUACAGUGUGUUCAUCUACAGUGUGUUCAUGUCCAGAGUGUUCAUCUACAGUGUGUUCAUCUACAGUGUGUUCAUGUCCAGUGUGUUCAUCUACAGUGUGUUCAUGUCCAGUGUGUUCAUGUACAGUGUGUUCAUCUACAGUGUGUUCAUCUACAGUGUGUUCAUCUACAGUGUGUUCAUCUACAGUGUGUUCAUCUACAGUGUGUUCAUGUCCAGUGUGUUCAUAUCCAGUGUGUUCAUCUACAGUGUGUUCAUGUCCAGAGUGUUCAUCUACAGUGUGUUCAUGUCCAGUGUGUUCAUGUACAGUGUGUUCAUGUCCAGUGUGUUCAUGUACAGUGUGUUCAUGUCCAGAGUGUUCAUGUACAGUGUGUUCAUGUCCAGAGUGUUCAUGUACAGUGUGUUCAUGUCAAGUGUGUUCAUGUACAGUGUGUUCAUCUACAGUGUGUUCAUGUCCUGUGUGUUCAUGUCCAGUGUGUUCAUGUCCAGUGUGUUCAUGUCCAGUGUGUUCAUGUCCAGCCCUUUUCUGUAG